AUGUUGUACAAAUCAAUUAUAAAUUUGGGAUCAAAUAAACAAUCUGAAUACAUAAAUUCAACAACACAUAAUACUCAAUUUAAUACAAUUAAUAAUAAUUAUAAUAAUAGUACUCAAGGUGUAUCUGUAGUCACCUUUAUUCGUCCUCGUUGGGCAAAUUGGUAG